AUGCGCCUCUCCACGAUCGCGCUGUGCGGUGUGGUGGCGUUGUGCGCGGUGGUCCUGGGAGCACAGACCCCCACAGCCUCCUCUUCUUCGUCCUCAUCCUCCUCCUCAUCCUCCUCCUCAUCAUCAUCCUCCUCCACCUCAUCCACCCAGGAGUCGUGCGCGUCUUGUGGACUGCGAGCGCCGGACCAGUCUGAGCGCGUAAACGUGGACUUCGUGGAGGCGGUGAAGAGGCACAUCCUGAACCGGCUGCAGAUGAGGGAGCGCCCCAACAUCACGCACCCCAUCCCCAAGGCGGCUAUGGUCACCGCGCUCCGGAGGCUGCACGCUGGGAAGGUGCGAGAGGACGGCCGAGUGGAGAUCCCCAGUUUUGACGGGCACGCCGCGUUCAACAACGAAGUGCAGGCGGAGUCUUCGGAGAUAAUAAGUUUCGCAGAAUCAGGUAAAAAAUAA